AACAACUAGUAUUUAAUCCCACCAUCAACCUCCAUUUCACAUUCCCCUUUCAUCUUCAAAUUAACAAUACUCAAGACAAUAUAUACAAAGAUAUACAUACAUACCAUCAUGGUUGUUCUCUCUUCUCCUUCCCCGUUACGAACCAAGAAAACCCGCGCCAUUGGCAUCCCUGUAAUCGACCUAUCUCUUGACACCGCCACUUUGGCUAGCCAUAUCAUCACGGCUUGUCAAGACUACGGUUUUUUCAAACUUGUGAAUCACGGUGUCCCAAUUGAUGUCAUCUCCAAAAUGGAGGAAAUUGCACAAGGUUUCUUCUCUAAACCCGCCUCGGAAAAAGUCAAAGUCAAAGCUAACCCACCUAGCCCUUUUGGCUAUGGGUGCCGAAAUAUUGGGUUCAAUGGUGAUAUUGGUGAACUCGAAUACAUUCUUCUUCAAGCCAAUUCUCUUGCAUUUGGCUCGGAGGACACUUUUAAUGUCAUUUCUGAUCAUCCAACAGAUUUCAGUCAUGCCGUGGACAAUUACAUCAAUGCAGUGAAAGGUUUGACAUGUGGGUUGCUAGAAAUAUUGGCAAUUGGCCUUUCAUUACCAGACACUGAUGUUUUUAGUCGUUUUAUACAAGAUGUUGAUAACGAUUCAUGUUUUCGGGUCAAUCAUUAUCCCGGGGUUAAGACUGAUGGUCAUCCGUCCAACCAACCCAACCCGGUUCAUCGGAUUGGGUUUGGAGAGCAUUCUGACCCACAAAUCUUUACCAUUUUGAGAUCUAACGACGUUCCUGGCCUCCAAAUAUCUACUGCUGACGGAUUAUGGAUCCCAGUAACUACUGAACCUACCGAUUUUUGUGUCUUCGUUGGUGAUGCUUUAGAGGUUAUGACGAAUGGAAGAUUCAAAAGUGUAAGACAUAGAGUUAUGGCAAACAUGUCGAGCAAGUCAAGAGUGUCGAUGAUGUAUUUCGCGGCACCCGCUUUGAAUGAAUGGAUAUCUCCUAUCCCACAAAUGAUCUCACCUGGAAACAUAAGGCUAUACAAAUCAUUUACUUGGAAUGAAUACAAGAAAGCUGCAUAUUCUCUACGUUUAGGAGAUCAAAGAAUUGACCGAUUCAAGUGUCAUUCAAGUUUAUGUUGAUAAAAAAUAAUUGUUCCAUAUAUUCUUGGAACAUAUCUAUAUAAUUAUAUAUAUAGGUUAGA